AAAUUCAUAUCCAUUUCUCAUUCUUCUUCAUUCUACAAAACCAGAGAGUGCGAGGGUGUGAACAGUGUUUGAUUCCACCCUCAAGAAUCAUCAUACUUUUCAAAUCGUAAACAAAAGUUUCGUAAUGGCUUCAAGACCCAUUGUUCCUCAACAACAACAAAGAGGUGAUGCUGUUGUGGGGGGAGGAAAACAGCAGAAGAAGAACGUUGCAGGAGGAGAAGGAAGGAACCGUAGAGCAGCACUUCUUGAUAUUGGUAAUGUGGUCACUGCGGUAAGAGGUGUUGAAGUCAAGCCGAAUCGUCCCAUCACAAGGAAUUUCUGUGCACAACUACUUGCCAAUGCUCAAGCAGCAGCUGCUGCUGAUAAUAACAAGAAACAGGUCUGUGCUAAUGUGGCACCUGGACCUGUUCCUCCUCAUGCUGCUGCUAAGGGUGUUCCAGUGGCUAAAAGAGUCGCAGUGGCCCCUAAACCUGUUCAGAAGAAAGUUACUGCAAAACCAAAGCCUGUGGAAGUAGUUGAUAUAGUAAGUUCUGAAGAAGAAAAUAGCAGUAAAGAAAAGUCUGUGCACAACAAAAAGGAUGGAGAGGUUAAUUCCAGGAAGAAAUCAUCACGCACUCUUACUUCUGUUCUCACAGCUAGAAGCAAGGCUGCAUGUGGUUUGACUAACAAACCUAAGGAGAUUGUUGACAUUGAUGCUGCUGAUGUUAACAAUGAACUUGCUGCUGUUGAAUAUCUGGAUGACAUUUACAAGUUCUACAAGUUAGUUGAGAAUGAGAGCCGUCCACAUGAUUACAUGGACUCACAACCUGAGAUUAACGAAAAGAUGAGAGCUAUACUCAUUGAUUGGCUGGUAGAUGUUCACACAAAAUUCGAACUUUCACCUGAAGCCCUUUACCUCACAAUCAACAUAGUUGAUAGAUUCUUAGCUAUCUGCCUUGUGUCAAGAAGGGAACUUCAAUUGGUUGGCGUCAGUGCCAUGUUGAUGGCAUCGAAGUACGAGGAAAUCUGGCCACCCGAGGUCAAUGACUUUGUGUGCCUCUCAGAUAGAGCUUACACUCAUGAACAGAUACUCAUCAUGGAGAAGACCAUCCUAGGGAAGCUUGAAUGGACACUGACAGUUCCUACACCAUUUGUUUUCUUAGUCCGAUUCAUCAAGGCGGCUUCAGUAUCGCUAUCUCCUUUUGAUCAACAGGUUUUCGAGAACAUGGCUCAUUUUCUUUCUGAGCUGGGAAUGCAGCAUUAUGCUACCUUGAUGUACAGUCCUUCAAUGAUGGCUGCAGCAGCUGUUUAUGCAGCAAGGUGCACAUUGAAUAAGAGUCCUGCUUGGGACGAAACACUUAAGGUGCACACUGGUUACUCAGAAGAAGAAUUGAUGGGUUGUGCUAGAUUGUUGGUGAGUUUUCACACUGGUAUUGCGACUGCAAAGCUGAAGGUCUUGUACAAAAAGUACUGUGAUCCUCAGAGAGGUGCUGUUGCUGCACUUCCACCGGCCAAGAACCUUAUAUCUGCUGCAGUAGGUUCUUCUUAGAUUUGUUAUUGAAAUAAACAAAGGAAGCUGCAUGAGUUUUUAGGUUUCUGUAGGGCUCUCAGCAAUAACCAUUUGUUAUUGUAUUUUUUUCUUUUCAUUGUUUAGACCUUUUUCAAAUGUUGUGAAAUUAAAAUUUCAUAUACAAGCUUCCUCAUUUCUCUUUA